CGACGCUCCUGCGCAUGUCACCACUUUUCACCUGCCUGUGAGAACUUGUUGGUGACACAGAAGUAAAGAAACGCCAGAGUAACUUUUUGAAACGUCACACAGUGACGCAAUGAAGCAGCCUUCACACUGUGUGUGUGUGUGUGUGUGUGUGUGUGUGUGCGUGUGAGAUCACCUGUAGUUUGAACAGACAUCGCAAGGAGCGAGUGAAAUAGGACACCUCCGUCAAGCUAACACGGCUCAGAUCCGGUUUGACCGGAAACACGCUGCGACUGACGUCUGGAAAAAAACUAAAGAGUGUGUUUAGGGUUCAACGUUUCUGUGUUUGUCUGUCUCGUUUUAAUAUUUAGCCUACAUAUUACAUACGCGCCCGCGCGCAGCUCACGAGAUUGCUGCGUCAGCUAGCUAACAGCCGUAGCUGUAGAAAGGAGACUUUUAUUUUGAAGGCAGUGACAGGAAGUGGUUCAUCUGAAUUUUUCACUUUCCAACUUGUUCCUGUGCGAAAUUCCUCAAGUUCGAUUCCUUUGUAUGUUUGGACCGAGGCUGAGUGGAUGUGUGGCAGGCGAACAGCCACGGAGACAAAGAUGUCCUGCGGUCUAUCAGUGAGAAAGCAGGCCGAGUCGAGUGCGCUGUGAGCGGACACACUCUGCGCUGCUCCGGGCUGCUUGACUUCAGAAGACGGAGGGAGGUGAAGGGAAGAUAAGGAGGAGCCGAGGAAGGAGCCGAACGAACUAUGUGGCAAAAUACAACUAGGUCUGUGACAAACAGAGCUAAGCCGUGCUGAGCCGUGCUGAGCUGAGCUGAGACAAAGUGAGAUGGAAGGAGAGAAGGAGAGACAAAUGCAGCAGCGAGAGGAGAAGGAGAGUAAUGAGGCAGAAGACGACAGGAGGAGUGAUGACGAUGCUGACAAUGAAGAGGAGGAGGACGAAGGUUCCGAUGGUGCGGCGCUGGUGUGGCAGGAAGGCUACGGCGAGGACAGCCUGGGCCUUCCCAUCAUGCACUGGGAGGCACUGAGCCUGCGCAUCGCUGAGCUGGAGAAGCAAGAAGAGGAGAAAAAAGAGAAGAAGGAAAAGAGUGGAGCUUCUCUGGAGCGAGGCAGAGCUCCGGUGAGCUGGACAGAGGAGAGAGGGAGGAGAGCAGAGAGCUGGGACGACGGAGACGACGCCUGCAACAGCCAUGUGCUGGCACUCACCUCCCGCCUGCAGACACAGAUGAACCUUCAGCUCUGCUUUAUCAACAACAGUGAAAGUGAAGAAGAGGAGGAGAAGAAGGAGGGAGAGGUCAGCAAGAAGGAAAUCAGCAACACACGAAGAGGGACUGUCCAGGUCCACAAGAACCCUCAGCCUCCUGCCAAGCCAGAGAAGUCCAAAUCCAGAGGCCUCAGGAACACUCUGAGGAACCUACGAGACCGACUGAGAACAGACCACAAAACGCUUCCUGCAGCAUGUAGUCCUCCUGUAGUCCAGAGAAGACAUUUGGAGCGCAGUGAUUUACAAAACUUCAGUAUUAAGGACCUAAAAGCUCUCUCCAUGUCUCUCAGCCAGGCCAUACAAGACCUGAGCUCAGAGCUGGUGGGUCGCCUCCAGGUCCGAGACCAGCUGAGGACAGAGCAGGAUGCCAUGCUGCUGGAGGUCCAGGAUCUGACAUCACUGUGAACCUGCCAGUCGCUCCCAGCUGAAGUCCACCUGUUGAGUCGAAUUUGAAAGAGCAUCACAAUGUGUGAACACAAACAUCUCAGUCAGUCCCUCCUGCCACUGGUCUGACCAGCCAAUCACUGUGAAGAAAGGACACAAAGUAUUUUUAACGUUGUUGUCUAGUUGCAUAUUUAUAAGAGAAGCUUUUGUCUCACUAAAGACAGUGUCCACCAGCAGUGGUUUGACCUCACAUGGGACAGGAGCAGCUUUGUCAGCAGGUAACUGAGCUGGACACAACAAUCAGUGGAUGGUGUCAUUUUUUUUAAAAUAUGCUCUUUUGCCUUCUCACUGAGUCAGAUUCAAGAAUCGGUACAAGUUUCAUCUCCACUGCAGAUAAAAGUCUGGAUCACGCCAAACCCGGCUGCCUGGAAGCAAGGCUUUCACACCGGGUCCAGACCAGAUUCUGAUCUUAUGUGAGGAAAAUCAGAAUGGUCAUUAAAUGUUUAUCCAGUGUUGAUGAAAGUUAGCUUCAUUUCUCUCCCUUACAGGUAACUUGUGGAGUGUUUGACCAUAAGCGUGAUAAAUACUCCUGCCCUCUACUCAUUGGCAGCUGGUGGCAGUAACGUGGCAAGAAUCCUAUUAUAAUAUUAUAUGAUAAAUGCCUGCUAUUCAAAGAUGUAAACUAGAAUUCUAGAAAAGUAGAAAAGAAAAGUAAAAAUAGUUGUUUUGUGCGAGCUCAUGAGCAAAAGUUUGCUCUGACAUUCUGUGGUGUGCUUUAUGUUAACCAACAUUCCACACUGACUGAACAUUAUGUUGGUGAUGACAGUUCAUCGGUUCGAAACACUUUGGUUUCUUCUGUAUUCAGCAUGUAGCCUUUAAGGAGCAGCAUCCAGCCUGUGAAGUGCUGCUGAUCUUUUAUCAACACUGGAGCGACACUCACGUUGUGUUCAGCGUCUUUUCUAUAAAAGGGAUUCUGUUGACAAGCUGCUAUACUGCCAACAGAACAGUCUUUGUUUCUCUGAUCUUUUUAUAGAAAUUACUUUUUUUUUUAUUCAUGCAUGUUUUUAUUUUAGUUCUGUAGAACAAAUGAAGCACAUUUUAAUUUUUCUUCACUAAAGUGCUUUCAAAGAUAUGUUUAUCUUUGUAUUCAAUCAUUGUUUGCUUGGCACAAGUCUUUGAUAUUUUUACAAAAAAACGUUUACCUUCAUAAAUUCAGUAUAAUAUACAUCUCCACAGCAUUCAUUCCAACAGUACAAAGUCAACUUCAACUUUUCUCUCUGCUGUUUGCUGCCAUCAAUAAAAGCCAACCUGCUGUGUGCUUGCUGCAGGUUUCACCUUCAGAAUGCUCCUUCAGGAACUGUUGACUUUCAUUCACAGCAGUUUAACAGAAUGAAAACACAAGAAAGUGGAAGUCAUUUGAAAUGAUGAAACUGAAUACAGCAGCAUUUUCUUGAAAUGUAUUGAAUACCAGAGUUUAUUUCUGAGUUUACCAAUAUUGUGGACCAAACACAUAUUUCAUGUUUCAUUUCUCCUGUGGCCUUUGACACUUCUGGUCAGUUUAGUGUGUUGGGCUCUGAUGAGUGGACAUUACAGUACACUCACUACACUCCCUAAUUUUGUUAUUGCACUCAUCACAUCCUCGUGAUCCGCAAUAAGCCAAUCAUACAAGGACUGAUCAUGGUUUUUACUGAUGUUGCCUUUGUGUCUAAAUCCAUGUGGGCUGAUGAAACAAGCUAAUCUGAAUGAGUUUAAUGGCGUCCUGCAAAUUCUUUGUUUCAUCAGUAAAGAAAUCAGCAGCCAAUCAUGCUUAAUUUAAACGUUGUCUUAAUGUUCUUACUCUGUGUAUUAAAUAAACUGGUGGUGGGUUUACAUUUGAUAACAGUAAAAAAAGAAUAAAGUAUUAUUCCAGUCA